UUAGCCAGAGGCCCAGGAGGGGAGGACGCCAGGGGCGGGGCGGGAGUGGGUGCAGAUGCAGUGUUCCCACAGCUGCUCCGCCCUUGGGGCUGCCACGCGUCCCGGGCCCCGCGUGGUGAGGCUGCCCUAUGGUGCCAGCACAAUGACAGGGCUAAAUGUCUCCCUGUCUUUCUUGCUCAUCACCUGUGGACUCUGUGAGGCAGCCAGGCGGGCAGCCAGGGCUCUGCUGCCUGCGGGCACCUACAUCAGCUUCGCGCAAGAGGCAGCAGGUGCCUUCCAGCUGGUUGCCUGCGGCCUGGAGAUGCGGGCACUGGCGGACGUGGGCCCCUGGGCUGCGGGCGUCGGGCCCGACCUGCUGCUGACUCUGCUCUUCCUGCUCUUCCUGCUCCACGGGGCCACCCUGGACGGAGCCUUGGGCAACCCGGCAGUGGCCCUACAGGAGCUGCUCUUGGCCGAGGCAUCCCUGCCCAGCACACUGCUGAAGCUAGUGGCCCAAGGGCUGGGCGUGAUGGCUGCCCGUGCUCUGACCCUGUGCUGCUGGGCCUGGGAGCUCAGCGAGCUGCAUUUGCUGCAGAACCUCAUGGCCGCACACUGCAGCUCUACCCUGCGCACCUCCGUGCCACACGGGGCGCUGCUGGAAGCUGCUGGAACCUUCAUCUUCCACCUGGGCCUCCUGUACCUGCGCCGCAGCCUUCCCGCCCGGAGGGUGCCCGCCCUGGCUCUGCUGGCCACCUUCACCACCCACACAGCCGGGCCCUACACCUCUGCCUUCUUCAACCCCGCGCUGGCCACCUCUGCCACCUUCCACUGCGAAGGGCACACCUUGGUGGAAUACGCCCAGGUUUACUGGCUAGGACCCCUGGCAGGCAUGGUCCUGGCUGUCCUGCUGCACGAGGGCCACCUCCCUGGCCUCUUCCAAACAAACCUGCUCUACAGGCCGAAGAACAAGUACCGAGCCCCCCCCCGGGGGAGGCUGGUCCCCCCAAGCUCCAGGGCCCGGGACAGGGAGACCCAAGCACUCCCAGACUCUGGGCGGGGCAGGGUGGGUGGAGCUUGGUUUGGAGCUUGGUUCGCCCCAACUGAGGACUGA